UAAUGAGCUUCCAUACAACAGAAAUACCCACAGAUACACACACACACAGGAAUUACUGAACAUUACACACACACACACACACACUCCUGCAGAGGUGUGUCAGUAUAGUUUCCUGUUCGUCUCUCAGGUUCAGUUUGAUGUCUGCUGAUGCUCGCUCGCCCGCCCUCUCUCUCUCUGUCAUGUUUUCCUUGGCCGCCCUCCCGCUGCGUCUCGGCGCUUCUUGUUGCCAAGGAAGCAGGCGUUCCGUAGCAACCGUCGUCUCUGGUAACAAGGCGUCCAAGUUGGUGAGGGAGAAGCUGACGAAGGAGGUGGAGAAGAUGAAGAGUGAGUUCUCAGGGUUCAGACCGAGUCUGGUCGUCUUACAGGUGGGAGACAGAGACGACUCCAACCUGUACAUCAGCACCAAACUGAAGGCAGCAGCCGAGAUUGGAAUCGAUGUGAAACACGUGCGGCUGCCGAACACAGCGACGCAGGACGAGGUCCUGCAGAGCAUCAUGUCUGUCAACGAGAACCUGUCUGUCCACGGUCUGAUCGUCCAGCUGCCUCUGGACUCCGUGAAGCCCAUCGACACCGAACUCAUCACCAACGCCGUCUCUCCAGAGAAAGACGUGGACGGUCUGAGCUGCAUUAAUGCAGGGAAGUUGUCUCGAGGUGAUCUGAAGGACUGUUUCAUCCCCUGUACCCCCAACGGCUGCAUGGAGCUCAUCAGACAGACAGGCGUGUCCGUGGCAGGGAAACAUGCAGUUGUGAUUGGUCGCAGUAAAAUCGUCGGCGCGCCGAUGCAUGACCUGCUGCUGUGGAACCACGCUACUGUGACCACCUGCCACUCAAAGACACCCGACCUACCUGAACAGGUGGGCCGGGCUGAGAUCCUGGUGGUGGGGGCGGGGAGAGCAGAAAUGGUGAGAGGAGAGUGGGUGAAGGAGGGAGCUGUGGUCAUCGACUGUGGGAUCAACCACAUACCAGAUGAGACGACGGCGAGCGGCAAACGGGUCGUCGGAGACGUCCACUACGCCUCAGCCAAUCACAGAGCAGGCUUCAUCACACCUGUUCCCGGAGGGGUGGGGCCGAUGACGGUGGCCAUGCUGAUGGAGAAACCACUUGAGGCCGUUACACACCGGAGGCGCUUUGCUCCUGCGGUUAGUUCACACGUUCACACAGAGCGCGAAAAAUAACGGACGUCGCGCCACAGCUGCUCGUGACAGGCGGACCUGGUGACUGGGUUUUGUCUAAAGAAGCUCGGACAGUUCGUGACGCAGGAGGAUUUCUGCAGCGCAGUGAAGCCUGAUCCCCGAACUGUUCAGAUCUCUUACUGAACAAGUGUCUCAACUGUCGCAAAUAGUUUUGAUGCCAAAUAUUCGCAGGCGAGUACUUGUCAGUUUCGCGCCGUUAAUUCGUCACUCCCCGGCGUGUAAAGGCCUAAACACAGAAACAGAUUUAUGUUAAAUUACAUUCAAAUAAUAAUUAAUGAAAAUAAUUCAGCGUGAAACUGUAAAUGUGCAUCAGACUCUUUUAAUGUCCCAUUAAGAACAUUUAGUGUUUCCUCAUUGACAGCUUCAGACUCUUCAGGCUUUAAUUAAAGACUCACUCUGUCGGAUGUUGGCAGCUGAUUGGUCGACAUUCAUCCAAUCAGAACUCAGACCUCUAACGAGGUUCUCUGGUUAGGUAAAGAUGAAAUAUUCAGACAGUUAUCACAAUAACAGGAAUUAUAAAUGUGGAGUGCAGAGUGAAUACGUUUUUACAGCCCUGACUCUUGCCUGCAGGCCUCUUCUCAGGCUGCAGAUACAAACGUCCACCAGUCAGAGGCCAAACGCAGGACAAACAGAGUCUGUCAGUCACUCUGAAGAAGAACUCUUACAGAACUGUUCUAAAGAGGUUCUUCCUAGAACAGCAAAAGGUUCUGCUGCAGUUUGAUAACCCUAAUAUUUGAAGAUAUUAUAUUCAAAUUCAAGAGGAAAUGUUUUCUGACUCUGUUCAGUUUGAGGUUCUGGUGAUGAAAGUAAAAGUUUGUUUGUUUUUAGUUGUUGCUGGUGGUUUUG